AUGGAGGUUUUGAAGCGAUCGUUGGCGGAGCUGUUGUACUGCACAUAUGAGCGUUUGGAUACGUCGAGGUUGACCCGGAAGUUUACCAAGAUUUUAAAGAACAAGUUUAAUAAGACUUACUACAGCUGGUCUCGUGUUCCUAGACACCGACAAGAGCGUUACUUUGUGGAAUUCACCAAAAAUCACACAUGGCAUCCAUCAUUGACUGGUGUUGUUCAAGAACAUUUCAAGGCCAUUUGUCAAAAACGUAUGAAAGAAAUGGUCAGCUCAGCAAGAACUUCUCGGGAGCAACCUACUUGGAUACACGACACACUCUGGAAAAAAAUGACAGACUAUUGGCACACUGACGCAGCGGUUGCAAAGAGUGCGACAACAUCAGCAGCUAGAAUGUCUGAUCGUCAAGGUCUUGGUGCUCACAAGCAUAACUCUGGCCAGAAGUCUUAUAUGUUGAUCGAACAAGAGAUGGUUGUUGAAUUGGGAAGACCAGUGAGCAUUGGUGAAGUAUUCAUCAGAGCUCAUACAAAAUCAGACGGAACCUUUAGCGAUUUCAAAGCUGAAAAUAGCUGA